AUGGGUCUUUUCAAUGUAUUUAUUUCACUAGACUCCACAUGCAUACCAACAUUUGAUCCAUCAAUUGAUUCAAUUAAUUUACAAGUGAAGUCUCUUUUAUACCUAUUCAAAAGGCUACGAAUCAACAAGUUGGCUCCAUUAGUAAAAAAUGGGAAAUUUGCAUAUACAGAUUCAUUGGUAAUUAAUAAUGACCCCACUUUUGCGAAACUUGACAAAACUUAUAAUGUAACUAAAUUUGAAGAGAUCUUACUUGAUGAUGAGUAUCGAGUAUUGGUUGAUUUCAUCAAGAAUAAGUUUCGUUCAAUGUGCUUCAUUGAUGGUGUUCCUGAGAACCUAUCACUGCCAGGAAGUCCAACAAGAGAUCAAUCAACAAGUGCUGUCUUGGAUAACGAUGAUGAUUUUCCACCCUUUUUAGACUAUAAAGAACGAAAAUCGAAGUUAUUUAAAUUCAAAUUGUUUUCCAUUACGCAACAACAUACAACAGAGUCAAUUGCAAGUAUACUCAGUGGAUCAAAUAUUUACAUUGAACAUAAAGUACCGUUUUUGAAGAGAUACAAUAUUGCACUUACUGCAAUUACUAAAGUUAUUGGUAAAUCCUCGACCACAAAAUUUACCAUUAGUCAAGAUGAAAAACUGAAGAUUAUAAGAAACUAUCUCACUCUAUUGGCAAUUCAUGUACAAGUGAUGAGAAUAUAUGAUGAGUAUACCAAGUUGCAUCCACUUGUGGCUACUCCUACUGACUCGCUCAGCCAUUCAACAUCCAAAUUGUCACUCAAUGAACCAUCACUGGCAUCAUUUCCAAUGAAAGCACAGCUAAAGUCACCUACAAAGUCACCUACAAAACUAGCGAGGAGAGAAUCACAACCCCUACUUCGAACAAAACCAUCAAUACUGAAAUUGCGGCUCGAAGAAUUGUAUAAUCCAAUAACCAGCCCGCCUCAACUUCAGUAUGGAGAUAAAACAUCAAGUAACGGCUCUGGUUCUGGUUCAGUUACUUUAUCAGAAGAUGUUGAAGGUAAAGAGAUUUUACGAUUAGACGUUUACGAAAGGUGUAAAGUCGCGGUUAAUGAAAAAGUCAAGUCAGAAAGAAAGAAAUUGGAUCGAUUUCUGGCAACCUCGUAA